AUGAAGACCUCCUACGUUCCCGUCUUGGCCGGCUUCGCCAGUCUCCCGGGCGCCCAUGCCUGGGGCAGCCUCGGCCACGCGACCGUGGCGUAUGUGGCGCAGAACUUUGUGACGAGCGAGGUCAAGACGUGGGCGCAGGGCGUGCUGGCGGACACCUCGACGUCGUACCUGGCCAACAUUGCGUCGUGGGCCGACACGUACCGGGCGACGACGGCGGGCAAGUGGUCGGCGCCGUUCCACUUCAUCGACGCCGAGGACAACCCGCCGUCGAGCUGCAACGUCGACUACGCGCGCGACUGCGGCAGCAGCGGCUGCUCCAUCAGCGCCAUUGCCAACUACACGCAGCGCGUGGGCGACGGGCGCCUGAGCGCGGCCAACAUCAACCAGGCGCUCAAGUUCCUCGUGCACUUUGUCGGCGACAUCACGCAGCCGCUGCACGACGAGGCCCUCGACGUCGGCGGCAACACCAUCACGGUCACGUUUGACGGCUACAGCGACAACCUGCACGCCGACUGGGACACGUACAUCCCCGAGAAGCUCGUCGGCGGCAGCACGCUCGCGGACGCGCAGUCGUGGGCCACGAGCCUCACGGCCGCCAUCAACACGGGCAGCUACGCCAGCGCCAAGGCGUCGUGGAUCGCCGGCGACGACGUGGGCAGCGCCGUGGCCACCGCCACGCGCUGGGCGGCCGACGCCAACGCGCUCGUGUGCUCCGUCGUCAUGCCGCACGGCGUCGCGGCCCUCGAGACGGGCGACCUCUACCCGACCUACUACAACGGCGUCGUCCCCACCGUCGAGCUGCAGAUCGCCAAGGCCGGCUACCGCCUCGCCAACUGGCUCAACCUGAUCUACGCCCAGGACAUUGCCGCCGGCGCGGCCGCCAAGCGCGCGCCCGUGGCCGACCUCUCCGGCGCCGACCUGCUGCCCCCGCCGCGGCCCCUGAGCAAGGCGAAGCUGGCCCGCGCGGCGCUGGGCGGCAGCUGUGGCCAGCACCGUCAUUGA